AACCACCCCCUCGUGUGCCACUGUGCCGGCCUCGCUAACACCACUUGCCCCAACAGUGUUAAGGCUAUACGGGGUGAUGUUUGUCUUUUCUGGGCGUAUGUUUACAUUGCACAUCGUUAAGAGGCCUUCAUCCAGCAGUGGAGUGACUUAAUGUCUAAGAACGGCACUGCAUUUGGCGGUAAACGCUUGGACGUUCACCCCGUGACCUGGAAGCGUAAAACCACGACAGUUACCACGGAAUGGCGCCAAAAAUGUUUAAUAUUUCACUUGUUUAAUUUAAAAACCAAAGGGCGAGGUCGGCCGGACAUCUCGUUUGACAAUCAACUAUGUUGCUCUUCAUUGACUUCCUCUCCCAUUAUUUUAAUUAUUACAGAUUGAAAAAAAAGCAACACAACUUUCUUUAAAUGACUGUUUGAGACGGCCCACUUUAUAAUACGUAGAGCGCAUGCGCGGACCUUUAAAUUUCCGUGCGCCCCAUUGGCCGAAGGCGCCUCGGGGAGCACCGCCCUUGGAGGCGUUGACCAAUCGCGUGCAGCCAUGGCGAGCGGCACCGCGCGUGUGCGCUACCAAAUGCGAGUGCGCGACCCGGAAGCUCUGCAAAAAGGCGGGAGAAUUUUAAGCGGGAAAAAAACUCUUACCAGCAACGGCCACGGCCGUUCCGUUUCGCAGCAGCAGCACGAAGUACUGACAAUUGCAGCAGUACUGCAAUCGUCGCUGUAGCAACAGUAUCAUCGGCAGCAAUAGUAUCUAGAGUAGUAUUGGCAGUAAUACAAUCAGUAGCAGUUACUCUGUGUGGUACCAUCUGCGGAAGAACUGCAGCUCCGUGUACCAUCAGCGACAGUUGUGGCAGCAGGGCUAUAGUAACAGCAGCAGCAGCAGUACUCUAAUAUUGCAGCAGCAGAAGAAUCUGCAACAAUACCCAUGUCGGACAGCCUCGUGUUUCGGACGCCCACCAAGGGGGCUGCCGUGUCCGUCAUCCGGCCCGUGCCCCGGCCGCCCGAGGGGACCCCGACCAGCCCGGGUCUCGGUGACUGCAUGGUCUACCCGUGGAAGUGGGGAGAGAGCGCGGGGCGCGCCGAGCUGAGCCCCGGGCCACGGCGAGCAGCGUCUCCGAACUUCGCGUCCAGCCCCGACACCCCCUGCAAGGACAGCGGUAAGCGUGGGCGGCCCAGGGCCGAGGUGAUCCGGGAGCUCAUCAACGCCGGCACCCUCUCCCCAAGCCGCAUCCGCUGCCGUGUCUGCAGCCGCGUGUUCCCGCGGGAGAAGUCGCUCCAGGCCCACCUCCGCACCCACACCGGCGAGCGCCCAUACCGAUGCGAAUUCCCAAACUGCGGCCGAGCAUUUGCACAGAGCGGCCAACUCAAGACGCACCAGCGUCUGCACACAGGCGAGAAGCCGUUCAUCUGCUCAGAGCCAGGCUGCGAGAGUAGAUUCACUCACGCGAACAGACACUGCGCAGCCCACCCGUACGCUCGCUUGAGACGCGAGGAGGGUGACCCGGCCUGCUCCGGAAUGGAGGAAAAGUCGUCGCACAGCCGGCGAGCCAACCAGGAAAACUUGGACGAGCACAAUUGGGCGGACAAUUCCAAUUGCUGGAAACCCAAGGAGAAUGGAACAGCCCUGCUUCUGAAGGAGAGAGGAAACGACUGGGAUCUUGGAGUCAGCCCUGCUCGCGACCUGAACUCCACUUGCGACCUGAACCCCGAUGACGUGGCCCAGAGGCACUGGCAGGGGGCGGAGCAACAACUGCCGCUCUCCCCACCUUUGUCUCCCGCCGAGCAGUGGCAUGGCGUCUCAGCUCUUGCCCAGUUGGCAGAGCUGGCUGCAGAAAUGCCCUCCCUGUAAUUAGACGUACGUUAUUUACCCCCCACCCACCCACGUCCAUUUCCUGCGAGCUUCCAGCUCACAUUUGCUAUUCGUUCACAGCAACGUGAGACACGUACUGGUUUUUGGGUAACGGGAGAAGAAAAGCUUAUUUAAAGUGGUAAGCGCAAGUGGCUUGAGACACAAUUGUUCGUCAUGGCGCACAGCCCUCAAAUUGUUUCUGAAUGUUUGACGUUAACAUCAGUGGCCCUGUUCGUUCCUUUGGAUGUUAUAUUCGCCUGUAAUGGAUAAUACCGCAGUCUGCUAUGCUAGACAAGUGUGCCGUAUGUAUUUAUGUUGAACUUCUUUCGCACUGUACAUAGCCAACCGUGUUAAUCGGAGGUGCGUAAUAGGUGGUCAAUGGCAAGAGCCUCAGCAGUUCAAUGUUAUCUUAUCCCUUCGUUAUCAGACAAGGUCACACGUGUCCCGGAGGGGAAUAAUUGGCAGCUUGGGGUGUGCGAGGGUCUUGUGGACGAGCAGGGUGAAUGACAUGAAUUAAGAACAUGGCGAGACAAUUUAACGUAAAGCCUAUUUUUACGAGACGGCACCAGCGACACUCCAGUUUUUCCACACAGCUGCGAGUCCACGCAACGCCAGUGGCGACAUCCUUGGAGCUUCAACUCGUGGAACGCUCGCUCCGACGACGAGAACGUAGUUGCUACGGCAGCCGAAUUUGCAGGAGUGGUACGAGUCUUUUGGCAUCCCAAAGACGAGCAGGAAGAGCUGUGGGCCCAUCUCCCUGAAAAUAGGGGAAGCCGUCUUGAAAUCCUCGCCUGGCGACCCCCGUCGAUGCUCUCAGCAGUCGCCACCUCGUCCACCUCUUCAGUCUCUUAUUGGCUUCUGCGCCUCAUAGUGCGGCUAUGAUAAUAACAAGCACACUAAUAUUGUCACUAAUCGUUUUACCGUAAAAAAAAUAUUUGUACAGAGCCCUAUAUUACACCCAUCGAUAUUCCUCUUCCGCAAUGGUAAUUAUGAUCAAUCCCAUUUCACCGUGGCACCCAAUCCAAAAUUUACUUACAACGCCUACAAACCGAUGCAGCAGCCAUGGUUUAACUCGAAAACAAGUCACGUCUUAUGGGAAAUGCUUCGUUUUAUCCACAGGCUUUUAUUAGAAAGAAGUGUAAAUCCUACGUUUCCGAAUCUAAACCAAAACCUUUUGCACUUUUGUUCUUUGGAGGCCUUCCUGGGUUUUGGCCCUGUACAUAGAGGGUGGGAGGGGGUAAAUCUCUGCUUGUCUGUUUGAUACGCAUUGUAAAUUUAGACCUUUUGCCAAUGUUUGUAUAUUCUGCUUCGGGCUUCUGGCUAUCAGUGACACUAAUUGCAUUCAUUCUCUCUGUUGGUUUGCAUACAGAACUACAUUUUUAAAAGUACAAUAGUAUGUUUUAAGUAAUUGCGUUUUCAUUAACAAGACCGACCAGUUACAUAGUGCACUUUGACGUUUAUUCACACCCUUGCCGUGCGUUGAUAUUUGACCGAUAAGUUAGAAUACACAAGCGCUUAACCUAACUGUAGAGAAAGGAUUAGUGAUAUUAUUCUUAACGUAUAGAGCCAACUUAAAGCACUGCCCUGCACAGAUGUUGCAGUCGUGAGGCUUCACAGCUUCUGAAGUUGAAGUGUGAUUUAAAAAUCAAUAAUCUGUUUUACAGAAGGGGAGUUUAUAGCAGGGCGUUUUGAUAUAAAGGAGCCUGCCAUUACUGCCUGGGAGCGUGUUGAACACGGAGGUAUUCUGUGGAUAUGAUUGAUUUGUCAAGACGUUUAGGUUGUGGCAGCAGAAUUGUUUUGAAGGCAUGGGUCUGAUCAUGGCCACGAAGAGGCGUUUUAAAAUAUCAUUGGCAUUGCCAGCCAGAAAGCCCUCCUGAAUGUGUCAUUGUAUGAAUGUAUAGGUUUUAUCUUAAAUAAAAAAAGAUAU